AUGGUCACAAUUGCCAAAGAACAACAGCAUAGUAGUAGUUUCAUCGUGGACUUCUUAAUGGGUGGUGUCUCAGCAGCCAUUGCUAAGACAGGUGCAGCCCCCAUUGAAAGAGUGAAAAUAUUGAUGCAAAACCAAAGUGAAAUGUUAAAACAAGGUUCAUUAGAUACUCCAUACUUGGGUAUAGUGGAUUGUUUCAAGAAAACAGCUAGUCAUGAAGGUAUCAUAUCGUUUUGGAGAGGUAAUACUGCAAAUGUUCUUAGAUAUUUCCCCACUCAAGCUUUGAAUUUUGCCUUCAAAGAUAAAAUUAAGGCAAUGUUUGGUUAUACUAAGGAGAAAGAUGGGUAUAGGAAAUGGUUUGUAGGGAAUAUAGUAUCUGGUGGGUCUGCUGGUGGGUUAUCCUUAUUAUUUGUCUAUUCUUUAGAUUAUGCAAGAACAAGAUUGGCGGCAGAUGCUAAAUCAAAGAAAAGUGGAAUGCCAAGAAAGUUUAAUGGUAUAUUGGACGUUUAUAAAAAGACUUUAAACUCUGAUGGUAUCCUGGGGUUAUAUAGAGGAUUCUUACCUUCUGUUUGUGGAAUCAUGGUUUAUCGUGGUCUAUAUUUUGGGCUUUAUGACUCUUUAAAACCGGUCCUUUUAACUGGCGUAUUAGAAAAUUCAUUCUUAGCAUCAUUCUUAUUGGGUUGGGCAGUCACCAUUACCGCUUCAACAACUUCUUACCCAUUAGAUACAGUUAGAAGAAGAAUGAUGAUGACCUCUGGCCAAGCAAUCAAAUAUAAAGGUGCAUUAGAUUGUUUCAAAAAGAUCAUUGCUGAAGAAGGUGUUUAUUCUUUAUUUAAAGGAUGUGGAGCCAAUAUCUUUAGAGGUGUCGCCGCAGCGGGGGUCAUUUCAUUGUAUGACCAAUUACAGUUAUUACUAUUUGGUAAGAAGUUUAAGUAA